GAGCAGCAGCAUAGGGACUGCCCGAGGUGCUCCCGGGCCCCUCAUUGGGCAGUGUGGGGUGUCCUUGAAGGGGCAUUUUGGGCAGAGCGUGGCUCUUUGGAAGGGCAGCAGCAGAAGACACUCCCAGGUUGAGCAGUGCCACGUUUCCCAAGCAGAACACCGAAACGAAGGACACCAAGGACCUCUUUGGGCUGCUCUGGAGACAGCGUGAGCAGCUGGUGCACCCGGUAUUCCUUGGGGGGUUGCACCCCUGCUGCUGGCCUCUUGUAGGCUGGAGACCCCUCCUCACUGCCCGCAGGCAGCGGGAUGAUGGGCUGGAUCAACCGGGUGGUUCCCCAGCCCCCGGUGCCCCCAGUGACGGAGGAGAGCCCGCGGGCCCCAGCACAGGAGCCAGAGCCAGUUAAGGCACCAGCAGGAAAAGCCAGUGGCCCCACGGAUGUUGCUGACCAGGCACGCACUGAGGAACUAGUAAAGAAAGUAGAAUUUGUGAUCCCUGAGGACACAGGUUCUAUGUUUGAGAGCAUGGGGAGCAGUGUGCGCUUCUGGCUCUCCUAUGGGAUAAGGAGGGUGAUUCCCCAGCCAGUUCCACCCCCAGGGACACUGCAGGUGCUCGGGAAGAGCUUUGAGACAAGCAUUGAUGUUCCUGAUGAGACAGAGGUCCAGGUCCUUCCGGAGGAGGACGACGGUCUUGACAUAAUCCCCUUCGAUCCAGAGGAGGAUGGCUUCGAGGAUGACUUGGAUGCCCCCAGAGAGGAGUGGGUAGGAAAGCGGGUGCUCAGCUGGCUGUCACAGGGCUUUGAGAGGAUUGUGCCGCAGCCGGAGGGGAUGAAAAAGCUGGAGACAGAGCAGAAGGAUCAGAAGUGUGAAGCCACAGUGGAAGGCACAAAAAGGACUGAAACGACGGCAAAGCCAAAACCCCACCUUUCAGCUGCCAUGAGCACCUCAGUGGCAGAGACACCAGCAACUGCCACGGAGCAGCCAGAGCCAGUGACCACCCUCACCACUCAGUCCGUGGCUCUGGAUGGCCUCAGGAUGUUCAUCUGGUUUGUCCAGAAGCUGGAGACGGUGCUGCCACAACCAGUGACCAGGGGGAAGCAGGACACACAGGGAGUGGCCUCAGCAACCUUGAGUCCCGUGGAACAAAUUCAUAUACCCCCUGGGGAACCCGAGGAGACCCACCUCAUCCUGGAAGAGAUCACUGAUGACCAGGUUAAUGAAGACACAUGUGAGAUGAUGGCCUGGAGUCACAAGGCUGAGCCAGAGGCAGAUGCUCGUUCCCUUCCCCCCAUACAGGAGGAACCUCAGGAAGAAGAAGAAAACAGACUGUGGUUGAGCUCCCCAAGCACUACCAAGGAGGAAAAGGAGGGGGAAAAGAAGGAGGAGGAAGAGAAGGAAAAAUGGGAGGAGGAAGAGAAGGAGCAGGAGGAAGAGAAGAAAAAAUGGGAGGAGGAAGAGAAAGAGCAGGAGGAAGAGAAGGAGGAGGAGGAGGAAGAGAAUAAGAAGGCAGAGGAGAAGAAGGUGGAGGAAGAGAAGAAGGAGGAGGAAGAGAAGAAGGAGGAGGAGGAGAAGAAGGUGGAGGAGGAAAAGAAGGAGGAGGAGGAGAAGAAGGUGGAGGAAGAGAAGGAGGAGGAGGAGAAGAAGAAGGAAGAGAAGAAGAAGGAGGAAGAGAAGAAGAAGGAGGAAAAGAAGAAGGAGGAGAAGAAGAAGAAGGAGAAGAAGAAGGAGAAGAAGAGAAAGAAAGAGGGGGAGAACAGGAAAGAGGAGAAGAGGAAAGAGGAAAAGAGGAAAGAGGAGGAGGAGGAGAGUGCAGAGUCCCUGCUCUCUUCUCUCCCAACUACCAAUGGUGUGGAUGAAUCCUACAUUGCCGAGGAGGCCCUCAAGUUUGAGCAGCAGGCAGUAGCUGAGAUAAGUAACCUCGAAGGUGCUCUUGUACAGGUGGAAGAGAAGACAGCUGAAGCUGCUGAAACCAAUGCUGAAGGUAAUUACCCCACCGUGGAGAUCAAGGAUGUGGACAGCCGAGGCGAUGCUGCAGAGGACGAUGGUACCCACUUGCCGGUGCCCGCUGCCAGCGCUCCCAACAGGCUGGCGGUGCCCGGCGCAGCAUCCCCCAGGAGGAGGCGACUGGUCCCAGAGGAUGGUCUGGACGAGGGACUGGUGAGCUGGGACGAGGAGCAGAGGGAAAGCCUGCCCGAGCGCAUCGGCUCGGCCACGAGCCUGAGCAGUGCCAUCAUCAACACCCGGCUCCAGGAACUGGUGAAGCUCUUCAAAGAGAGGACCGAGAAGGUGAAAGAGAAGCUGAUUGACCCCGAUGUCACCUCGGAUGACGAGAGCCCUGUGGCAUCGCCCGCUAAGUCAGCGCCUGCAGCAGCACCGGUGCCUCCCCCGGGAGGGGAGGUGGAGGGGGACAAACCAUCAGGGGAUGACCACUACUGUGAGAUGCUGUGCUGCACCUUCAAGUACCGGCCCUGGCUGGACCGCCUGAAAAGCCACCAGUUCCCCAGCAGCAUCGACCCACUCACCAAUCUGAUGUAUGUACUGUGGCUGUUCUUCGUUGUCAUGGCCUGGAACUGGAACUGCUGGUUGAUCCCCGUCCGCUGGGCUUUCCCCUACCAGACCCCAGCAAACAUCCACUGCUGGCUGCUGGUGGACUACCUGUGCGACCUCAUCUACCUGCUGGACAUCCUCGUUUUCCAGACCCGGCUGCAGUUUGUCCAGGGGGGAGACAUCAUCACUGAUAAAAAGGCCAUGAAAGAGAACUACCUGAGAUCACAACGUUUUAAGAUGGAUGUGCUGUGCCUCCUGCCCCUGGAUUUCUUCUACUUCAAAAUUGGUGUCAACCCACUCCUGCGCUUCCCUCGAUGUCUGAAGUACAUGGCCUUCUUCGAGUUCAACAACCGCCUGGAGGCCAUCCUGACCAAGGCAUACAUCUACAGAGUGAUUCGAACAACUGCCUACUUACUGUACAGCUUGCAUGUGAACUCCUGCCUCUACUACUGGGCCUCAGCCUAUGAAGGACUGGGCUCUACCACCUGGGUCUAUGACGGGGAAGGAAACAGCUACAUCCGCUGCUACUACUGGGCAGUCAAAACCCUCAUCACCAUCGGGGGCCUGCCAGACCCCAAGACACUGUUUGAGAUUGUCUUCCAGCUGCUGAACUACUUCACAGGCGUCUUUGCUUUCUCUGUCAUGAUAGGGCAGAUGAGAGACGUGGUUGGCGCCGCUACUGCAGGGCAAACUUACUACAGGAGCUGCAUGGACAGUACCAUUAAAUACAUGAACUUCUACAAAAUCCCCAGAACUGUUCAGAACCGGGUGAAAACGUGGUAUGAGUACACGUGGCACUCGCAAGGCAUGCUAGAUGAGUCAGAGCUGCUGGUGCAGCUGCCAGACAAGAUGAGGCUGGACAUCGCCAUCGAUGUGAACUACAACAUCGUGAGCAAAGUGGCCCUUUUCCAGGGUUGUGACAGACAGAUGAUCUUUGACAUGCUGAAGCGGCUCAGAUCAGUGGUCUACCUGCCUAAUGACUACGUGUGCAAGAAGGGAGAAAUAGGCCGUGAGAUGUACAUUAUCCAGGCGGGACAAGUGCAGGUGCUGGGGGGACCCGACGGCAAAUCCGUACUGGUGACUCUGAAAGCUGGAUCCGUGUUUGGAGAAAUAAGCUUGCUGGCGGCAGGAGGGGGAAAUCGCCGAACAGCAAACGUCAUAGCUCACGGCUUCGCGAACCUUUUCAUUCUGGAGAAGAAGGACUUGAACGAGAUUUUGGUGCACUAUCCGGAGUCUCAGAAGCUGCUGCGUAAGAAGGCCAAGAAAAUGCUGAAAAGCAACAACAAACCCAAAGAUGAGAAGGGAGGCCCUGGAGACGCGCUGAUCAUUCCCCCAAAAGCUGAGACCCCGAAGCUCUUCAAGGCUGCCCUGGCUGCCACGGGGAGGAUGGGGGGCAAAGGGCCGCUGGGGCGGCUCCGCUGGAGGCUGAGGGAGCUGAAGGAGAUGCAGGCGGCGCAGGGUUCCAGUUUCAGUCCAACCCCACCAAAGUCACCAGUGCACCAGAGAUCGCCUGUCACCUCCCACAAAGGGCAAACCCGCCCAGGAGAAAUAUCCUCAGAAUCUUCUGAUCAUUUAGUCACCGUUCGUGUGAUUCCCACGGCACAAGAAGAUGAGGAAAUCCUCGCUGCUGAGAUUUCAGAGAAAGAAGACAAAGAAAAAGGAGAGAAAUGAAACAGCAGCACGUCCUGGGGCAGGCGUAGGAGUCAGGCAAAUGCCUGGGGUAGCAGAUUUUUGUUAUUAAUGAUUUCCAUGCGGUGGCUGUAGGCUUUGCAAUGUGCUGCGGGUAGGAUCUGCCUCUCUUUUCUGUCCAGACCCUCAUUCCCUGCUGAUAAAACUCUCUACCAUUUGACCCAGAACCAUACAAGCCUUCCAUGCUCUGCAGAUCAAUAUUUAUUGAGCAUCUUUAUGAAUUUCCCACUAAAUCUCAGGCCAGCCCUCUUGCUUUGAAAUCCAGCUUUAUGGAGGGAGAGCUCUGGAAGAAAUUGCUUUUUAUGGCUCUGGAUGGUUAAUGAGUGUUCAGAUAAAGCGUGAAGAGUUAUUCACCUCUGACAGCUGAGUCACUGCUUGGCCAGAAACAAUCAGGGGGAAAAAAAUAACAAGGUUUCUCUGUUGGGCUCAAGGUUGACAGCGGCAGUGGAGAGUGAUUCAUCCGGAAAGGAUGCGGACUAUGCUCACAAGCGGAGCGUGGAGCAAAUCACACUGUCACAAGAAUGCCAAGGUCUGUCCCUGAGUGCACAGUCUGCAAGGUACUUGAGGGUCUCUGCGUGGUGCCAAGGCCACCUUGAGUUUGCCACUGGGAAGAGUUCCUGCCAGCAAUCCACCCUGGGAAGGUGGUGGGGCCUCCGUCACUGCAGGGUCUUGUGGAGAGAUUUGAUGAGCAUCUUUCAGGGAUGGAGAAGCACAAUCCUGGAUGUUCCUGGGGUUCCUUUCUAGCCCUGGGUUUCCAUGGGUGCACCAACCUGCCACUGCUGGGAGAGAUAAACAGAGGGCAGGAAGGGAGAAGCUGAGGUUCCCAGCUGGGAGGGGAAAGAGAAGUGCAGCAAGUGCUCUCCUCUCCCAGGCAGUGUUUCAGAGUCAGCUCAGAGUCUGUGCCACACAAGCAACUCUGCACAACCGUGCAGGUGCUCCCCUGCAGUCACUGCUGGACCUCAGUGACAUCCACUUUUCCAGCAGCUGAUUUCCAGCCCUUCAGUCACUUGACUGGCUCUUGGCCACAUUUCCCAUGCAGGAGCCACGCUGGUAUUGCUCAUUGCUGCGACAGGGCACUUGUGAAGACACUCUCCCAGUGCUGGGACUGGGCACUGGAAGGGAAGUGAACAUCUGAUUGGCAGCCAGCACACCCAGCUGAUGGCUCAAGGUGUCUGAUCUUCUCCCAGCACCACCAGGUCCUCUUCUUCCUCAGGCCCAGCACCAACCAGAGCAGCUGCUGGUGAGCUGAGAGGUGGUGAGAAGUGGGAUGGCACCAAACGAGGCACUGCAGAUCCUCCCCAAGGUUUUUGCUCACCACAUCCCCACAGCACCGCCGGCUCCAUUGAGAAGGAGACAGUUUCCAUCCUCUGGAGGAAAAGCUGGGGCAGGUUUUGCCGCAGGGAGCAGCCCCAUCUCCACAGCCAAGGGGCUUCUCAGGUGUUCAGCAAAUCCUGUGAGCAGUGCUGCAGGUUCCACAGGUCUGGCUGUGAGACAGCCAGGGCUGUUCAUGCAGGGUGUCAGCUCUGGCAUCACCCCCUGGGUGAUCCCUCUUCCCAUCAGCAGCCUGGGGCUGAUCUUCAUCGCCUUUGGGAUCCUCUUCUUUCAUUGCUUUUUCCCCCCUGUCUUGCAAAAUAGAUGGGUUUCUGUGGCAGAAAAAGCCAGAAUAGAUGUUAGCAUUAAUUAACAAUGGCUUGCUUUCUUUUAAACAAAUUUAACGAACUCCACUGUACUGCAGGAGGGUCUGAAGCCACCACUGCCCUUCACAUUGCAGGGGAGAGGCUGCAUUCACCCAAACCUCCCUGAAUAUUUCUCGUCCUCAGUCAUUUGCAAGUGGUUUCCUGCUGGGUGGAAGGUUUCCGUGCAGAGUGCAAAGUAUUUUCUUUUCACUCUAUAAACAUUUAUAUAAUCAAACCAGGAAAUGUGCAAAAGUCAAACUGGGGCUCUGAUUUGCUGCUAUGGUUUGAUACAGUUUAGAAAAAGCAUUUAAAUAAAUAGUGAGGUGUAAUGGCUUUCAUAAUUCACUGUAUCUACAAUAAACACCACGUAGAUUACCGUUC